AAAUAGGUACCUAGUGUGGAUCAAUCAUCUGUCUACUUGUGGUCCAACAUUUAUCCAGGCUUUGAAGCAUGGGAAUUUCCUAUUCUUGGCUGGAAACCUCUUUUUACUUUUUUCCUCCCUUUUUUCCCUUUCCUUUUCUUCCCCAUCUUUUCUUCUUUCUUUUUCUUCUUUUCCCCUUGACCAUUACUGUUGUAGUUUCUAAAUCUAACUAUAUAAGUACAUUGUACGUUUACUCUUGAAAGAAUAUUUCUUUUUCUCCCUCCCUUUGCGUUAUUAUAACUAC